UCGCAUUCGAUAGGUACAUAGGCCACGAUACUGUAGAAGUUUAGGCAGUAUACUUUUUAUAGAUUCGCAGGACAGACUGCCAUAGCACACACGUACGAUAGCAAAAACGCUUCACGUGGCUUUGGUGUCUCUCGCAGAACCUUUCUGCGCGUAAGAUCUGGCAAAAGUGACGCCAAGGCGAUAGUCUUAGAGUGGCUGAUGCGGACUCUUAUCUAGUGCAGUUCAGCUGAACAUAUUUCAAGUCGCACGAUUGAUAUAUAUAUAGAAAAAAGGAAGAGUUAUGCCUUGUACUCAUUCGUCACGUAGACCGCCCCCAUUUGCAACGAGUCAACCUUCUACCUACUCCGAGUAGACGCCGUACGUUUAGAAAGAAUGGCGACGUAGCGUGUCCUCUCCAACGUCAUGCGCUGCGUAAAUGUAAGCGUCGAGAGCGAGAGCGUAUUUUAGUUUAACCACGUCUUAGUAAAGGGAUUGGGAACGGUACAUCGAUAUGUCUACUCCUGGAUCAUACCGGCCGCCUCUUCCUCCUUGGAACCAGCGGAACCCGCAGCCCCCUGGGUGUCUAGGAUAUACGGACUGGGGUUAUCCACCACCACCCCCGGGACUUCCGCCUCAGAAUCCGGCCUAUGUACCCGACUCCCGGCUUCCGCCGGUCCCUCCGCCGAUCCCUCCGAGACCACCUGGGUAUGAGAUCGCCACUCCAAGCAGCUCUAAUGAACAGUCUUGUUUCGGACACUCCGUCCCGCCAACGCCCCCAGGGCCUCCCCCAAGAAUUGUGAGCGUGGAUUCAGCCAACCCUCCGCCAUACUCUUGUCAUCCGCCUGAUGCGCCCAGUCUCGGCAAAGGCCACGACUACUUGCGCACGUCAUGCUCAACCCUUCAUUGCCAGAAUGGGUUUACUAGCAUCCCACGGCCUCCCCCGAAUCCGCUUAGUCAAGCUAUCCUACAACAGCCAGCUAGCACCAAUUUGAUGCUUCCAGCGCGUCCUUCCAGCACAGCAAUUGGAAUCAACGAUAUUCAACCGCUAGCGAAUAGCUCCAGCUCUUCAACGACGUCACGCCCGCCCAAUACCGAGGCUUCGUCCCCAUCACUAGCCGGUGCUUCGAUCACGUCGCCAUCAAUAGAGCACCUAGACGCUCAAUUCCAAUCCCUAUCCGUGGAAAGUCGACUGCCGACCAACUUGCCGUCUGUUUCGCAUAAUAAUAGUACUCCCGAGUCCUACCCAAAUGUUCCCGAGACUCCUCCGUCCGAUCCUCGUGUCCUUGCACCUAGUCUCUCAGACGGCCAUAUCUACGAAUUACCAGCGGAAAACGAACCUAAAGGCAAGCGUGCUGCUGCUGCUGCUACACGCUUGGCAGAAGGCCUCCUACCGGCUCCUGCUCUCGAGCCGUCGGCGGUAACUUCCUGCAUCGACGACGCGGUCACAUUCGCAACGGACUGGUACCGGCACGCCGACGCGCCCGAGUUCCUCGUCUGUUCGCGCUGCUACGUCGACCACAUCCACAAGACCCGGUUCUGGAACCUUUUCCGAAAGAAGAGGCUGGGCGGCGACGGCGAGCCGCGCGUGUGCCGGUUCAGCAAGCCGCGGAUGCGCGAUCGCCUGCUGCGAGACGCGCUCGCGACGGGCUCCUGGGAGUCCGCGCUGGCUUGGAUGCGCUCCCGGCCGCGGAUACCGGACUGCAGAGGGGUCGAUGGCGUUAGAGGGGAGGAAGGCAUUGCGUGGUACAGGCCGAGAUUGAACGACAUCCCGGGCUUCGGGUGUUGCCAGGCCUGCUACGAAGACCGUGUCCUGGCCAACCCGUUUUUUGUGAACUUCGAGCCGGCGCAACCGCAGCCGGCAGAGGAAAUCUGGAGCUGCGAUUUAGCCGUGCCCUUUGUAGGAAAGGAGUACGAAGCCAGGGGUAAGACCAACGACUGGUCCGGGUUCGUAAGCGAGGCGAAGGCACGGCUGUCCAUAAGGCCUUGCGGACGGCGCAACGAAGAAUUGACCUACGGUAGGAAAUGGUUCGUGCCUAAGCGCGGCCCUGAAGGGCUGGUGCUCUGCUCGGGAUGUUAUUGCGACCAGGUGAUCCAUACCAGCGAGGAGGGCCAGUGGCAGGUGGAAGAGAAACUCACAAACGCAAUCGGUACCCGGGUCCGCUGCGGCAUGGGAAUCUUCAGCAUCACAAUGGCGAUGGCUCGGGCUCACGAGGUCAACGACUUCCAGAUAUUCUGGAGGGCCGUACAUAAGCUUUCCAAAGAGAAGUUUUGCGACGACGACGGUAUUGAAGAUGGGACCUGGUAUACGCUGCCUUCCGACCCGCCCAACUUCGGCAUCUGCGGCGCCUGCUAUGUUGCUAUCGCAGAACCCCUGGAUGUAUCGCGCUUCUUAGUACCGAAGCGGGACGCGCAGCCUGCCGGGGUUAAAUGGCUAUGCUGUUUCAACCUCUCGAAUCACCGGGCCCCGCAGUACUUGCCACUACUCGUCGAGAUGUAUCAUACACAUGAUACAACCUCAUUUGACAGAUUUGCUUCGGUGUAUUCUUCUCUGCCGGUAUGUCCUCGUGAGGAGGACGCGCAGGGCAAGCACUGGUACGGAUGGAUAGACUGCACGAUCUGUCCAGACUGCUAUCACGACUUUGCUGCGCUCAGUCCUCUGGCGGCGAAGAUGGAGCUUAAGAACACGGUGUUAGAGAGUAGCGCAAUGUGCGAGAUGUACAGCCGGCGUAUGCGCGACCUUUAUACAAAGUGUAGCGAGGCGUCGCCAUGCGACCCUACAGAGCUUCUCGGAUAUUCGGUGCAGCGGCGGCUCGUCUGGAGUCAGACGGUUCCACCAAUCCGAGCGAUGCUGCUACGAGCCAAGAUAGCGCUGGAUCAACAAAAGAUGCUCAACAUUACGAGCUCGCACUACAACCAGAUGGGCAUGCUAGAAGAUGUCACCUACGGACAUGCGUACACAUAUGGUGCUCCUGGAGUCGGUUACGGAUAUGCAAAUCAGAAUCUCCUGCAGGGCGCUAUCUACGGUCAGCAAGCCGCACAAGUGGGUGCUAGUGUUGUGAAUGGCAGUGCAACUCUCCUCGUCGGACAGCUGGAGCAGCAGUGGAGAGCUGUUGAAUAGGCAGAUUCGAUUACGGGGUUAUUAAUACAGGACUUUGCCUGGAUAGAUACCUGAGUACCUAACCUGAACUAGCAAUCAUAACGCGUACCUUAGGUAGUAUAUUACCAUGGCUCAUUGGGUAUACUUUUAGUCGAUGUGAUUCGAUGUAGGCAUAUAAACUAUAUGGGUAGAUACAUGCAACUCGCUUCGGUAUUGAAAUUCAAACUAACAUACC